UUGGAGGUACGCAUGCGUCUUAGCGACGGUUGCUUCCUUUCCGGGACUUUUUCCCUUAACCAUCAUGGCGUCCGGCUUUGAAAGCGAGCGGAGUUUGGCAGCGCGUAAGGAAGAGAAGCGCCGCCAGCGCGAGGCGUUGCUGCAGCAGGCAAAAGCUGAUUAUGAAAAGGAAGAGCGACGCAAAGAGCUGAAGCGACUGCGAGGGGAGGAUACAUGGAUGCUAUCUGAUGUGAAUGAACGUUUAGAAGAACUAAAAAAGGAACAUUCUACUACAAAAAAGAAGAAAAAGGAGAAGCGUUCAAAGAAACAAAAGAAAGAAAAGAAAAAGAAGCAUACAGUUGAAAAAAGCAAUGAUUCAUCGGAUAGUAGUUCUGAUUCAUCAGAGGAAUGGGUUGAAGCUUCUGUUUCACACUCUUCAAGCACAGACAAAGCUUGGAAGGUUAAGGAGGAGCAAUCAAACACUGCAGGAAGUCCCAGGGAAGUUCAGAGGGAUGAAUGGAUGACCCUUGAUUUUAUGUCAGUGAAAACAGUGUCUUCAGCAUCCCUGAAGGCUGAAAAGCAAAGGGAAAAAUUAUUGGAGCAACAGAAAAUUCAAGCAAACGAACAGCUCUUACUUGCUGACAGAGAGCUCAAUCCUUACUGGAAAGACGGGGGCACAGGUUUACCACCAGAAGAAGUAAUACCAUCAACAAAAGUUACAGCAGUAGAAGAUGGCGGGUUAAGCUGGCUAAAGAAGUCCUACCAAAGAAUGAAGGAGCAAGCUAAGAGAGAAAAUCGGGAUUUGGAUGAAAUCGUAGCUGAAAGAUAUGGGUCUGUGGAGCAGUUCCAGUCAAGGUUGGAAGCAGCUGAAGCAUCUGUACUAAGAAAAGAAAAUGAUUAUAGAAAAGACUGGCAAAAAAGUAAAUAUUCAGAAAAGGCGUGUACUAUGAGACAGAGGGAUGCAAAAGAGAAGCAAGAAGAAGGCAGUGUAGGAAAGCAUGCAUAUGUGGAAGAUCCUAAGAGAGAUGAAGAUUAUUUCAAAGAACAGAGAAGUUACAGGAGAGAGUGGCCAAAAAAAGAUAAAGAACUUGGGUCAAAAGACUUUUCUCAUCAAACUUCUAGUCAAAUCAGGAGUUAUGAGAAACCUUUUAUUAGCCCUUUGAAAGCUGCAUUUUGGAAGCCUGAUGAUGAUGGAAUCCAAAGAAGCAAGAUGCAAAGUCCUUCAUCCCAGUUACUUACCCCUAGUUCUAUGAGUUGUGGCUUCAGAAAACCUGGUGGUGGUGAUGAUGUCCCAAGAUGGCGUAAAGGUCAACCAAAGGAAGAAACUGGAAAAAGUGCACUAGAUGAAAAGCAUUUCAAAACAGACAUUUCUGUUGCCAGUAAGGAGGAGGAUACAAGAGAAAAACAAGAAAAGAGCCAAGAGGAUGUCUUGGGGGAAAAGGAGGCGUUGGACAAUAGUUCAUCAUGUUUGGGAUCUUUUUCAGAGGAUGAGAACACCCAUAUUCUUAGCGAUGAGGAAAUGAACAGACUGGGAGCCAGGAUUGUAAAAGCAGAAUUGAUGGGAAACAAGGAUUUAGCAGCAGAACUGCAGGCUAAGCUUGACAGUGCCCGUAAACUAAAAGACAAGGGAACACAACUUCAAGCUAGGCAAACAGAGAAGGAGACGACAGGAUUCCAUGAUGACCAUGAAGUGGUCUUGGUCAGAACUGAUAAAUCUGGUGGAAUGUGGCCUGUUAAUGCUCCAGGUGAAACACUGGCACCCCCGGGCAGGCGAAGGAAGACUCAGAAGAUCACUACUCACGUGGAUAAGGAAAGGGUUCGGUAUUUUCAAGAUGAUGAUAAUCUGACCUUGAAGGAUUUGGUCAGGAAUGAAAAAAUGAGAACAGCAGAGGACCAAAAUAAGCUUUUCAUGAGAAUGGCAUCAAAGUUCUCAGACAAAACUGAUAGAGAGUACUACACUCUGGAUGACAUGUUUGUUUCAAAAGCUGCAAAGGGCGAGCAUAGUGGAGCUGAGGAGUCAAGGCAAAGGAAUCAAGCGAUCCGGGAGCACCAGCAACUUGCUAUCCGAAUGGAAAAGUGCCCGCACUGCUUCGGUAGUUCAGAGCUUCCGAAACAUCUGAUUAUUGCCAUUGGCAACAAGGUAUACUUGUCAUUGCCAAACUACCAGUCUCUUACAGAAGGUCAUUGCAUGAUCGUUCCUAUGCAGCACUACACCGCAGCCACUCUGCUAGAUGAAGACAUUUGGCAAGAAAUUCAGGUAUUCAGGAAAACUUUAGUGAAGAUGUUUGAAGCUCAGGGCCUGGAUUGUGUUUUUCUUGAGAUCAACUUAAGCAUAAAGAAACGAUAUCACAUGGUAUAUGAAUGUAUUCCUCUUCCAAAGGAAGUGGGGGAUAUGGCUCCUAUCUACUUCAAGAAAGCUAUAAUGGAGUCCGAUGAAGAAUGGUCCAUGAAUAAAAAACUGAUUGAUCUGUCUUCAAAAGAUGUUCGCAAGUCGGUCCCAAAAGGCUUGCCCUACUUCUGUGUUGAUUUUGGGGUCCAGGGGGGAUUUGCUCAUGUCAUUGAAGAUCAACACAAGUUCCCGCUUUAUUUUGGAAAGGAAGUAAUUGGUGGCAUGCUGGACUUGGAGCCCAGACUUUGGAGGAAAGGUCUACGAGAAAACUUUGAAGAUCAGAGAAAGAAGGUGUUGCAGUUUGCUCAGAGAUGGAAACCAUAUGAUUUCACAAAAAACAAAGAGUAAAAAUGCAGAUAGUAAACUGACAUUCACAAUAGUUAGGUGUCAGUAAACGACAAGGAACCCCCGGAUCCAUCCUUUUGAUCAUGUUAAAGACAAUAUAGAUCUUCUCUGCAUUCCUGUGAACACCUUUGGAAGCAAAAGUAUAUUUUAGGUGAGGCAGUUCGUGGUUUUAAGAGAGACAGACUGGAGUUAUUUAUCAGUCAAGCAAAUUUCAGUGGUGCGAUACAGACAGGUAGAAAUUUAACUUGAUGGAUGGAAAGUAUAUUUUGUGACCUAUUCCUUCUGCCUUUUGUCUUUCAGUGUGUAUUUGCUUAUACAUAGUAAACGACCAGUCUUUUCUUGAGCUUUUCAUUCAACAAGGUGUAAUUUCCUUUUCUUCAAUCAGUAGCUGGUUUCUCAAUGGUUAGAAACCUUUUGAUACACACACACCUACCAUGGUGCACAUUUUCUUUCUCUCUGCUGUUAUUCUUCCCUUUUUCCCCCUUUCAUGCUGUUUUCCCCCCCAGCACUCCUGCAGCCUCUCCACUGCUCUGUUCACUCCCUUCUGCCAACUGAUCAGUCAGCAACACUUUCUGUCUUCCAACUGUUCAAAGGGCUUAAGGGCACUGCAUUAGAAAGCAUCAUGUGGACCUACCUGGAGACCCUCUGGAAAAACAAACUUCCCUUGAAUGACUGCAGCUUUGUCUCUGGGGUAGGUUACGAUUGUCUACCCACAACUGACUAAAGAUUGCAUAAGUCAAAUUUUAAUUAACUAAA